CUCAUAUCCGAGGUGGACAGGGACAGGUUAUUUUCUUGAACUGAGCAUUCUUGGUGUGAGUGCCUCCAGUGCAUUAUUGUGCGUGAGCAGUAAAAGAAAAGAUGCGAGCGUCGUUUUUUGUCGCCGUCCUUGCUUGGCAAAGCGCUUUUCGCAGCGCGAGUGCCGUACAACUGGUUUCGUCCCUAUCGCCUACGGCACGCAGAGCUACAAUUUUAUCUGGAAGCAAAUUUGCACAACAAGGCCGGCGCGACUUGGGCCCGCACCGCCGGGGAACAGUACCACGGGAUCUGCAUCUCCGCAAUGCGCUGCCUUCAAGACUCCCCCGGUCACCGGGCGAGUUUGGUCACUUUGCGAGGGGCACCAGUUCGAGCCUCCGACGGAAGAGCAGAAGCUCGCCGGCGUGAAGGCCAGUAACAACAUGAAGUGCACUAUGGAUGUGUCAGAAUCGAAAUCCACAAAAUUGACAAAUUUGCGAUGCGUAAAACGUAGGGCACUGGAGGCCUGUAUUGGGGAGCAGGAAAAUGAGACCGAUCGUAAACAGACUGUAUUUGGGUGAUCCCGAAACUUGUCAUGCGCCGCUUGCAAACUGAGGCUCCAACUGGUAUCGAUUUUAUGCAUCACAAAUUUUUCGAUUUUGUCACUUUCGAUUCUGACACUUCCAUAUGCACCAGAGAAAUGAGCUUCGAGCAAUUGUGCUGCAUGGAUUUCGCCAAUUUCGAGAAGCUAUCAACUGUAAAAAUGUCUGGGUCUGGAAGAAUCCAACUUGUCAUGCUGAUUUUGGAUUCUAAAAAAAUCUGCAUUGCAUGAGCAGCAAAGAGAGUCCAAGUUGCUACACGGAAAGAGCAUUUGUCAUGCGGUAUAGGCAUCAGGAAGACCUCACAAAUUCUGUGAUGCUAGGGCAUGCAUCACAGACAUCAGGAGUCAUGCAAAAUGCGCAUGACAAACAUGGCAAUCUUCCAGACCCAGACAUUUUUACAUUUGAUAGAAGCAUCUCUCCGUCAAGGGGGGAAUGACCUUAGAUUUAGCGCAGGUGAUGACGCCCGAGAAAAAAGGUGACGCUCUGCUGAUGAACCAGAUGUCAGCGACGACCUCGGCCAGCGGGAAAGAUUGUACUUACUUAGACUUACUAUUUUCGAUAGAAAUUGAUUUUAAUACGGCUUCAUCUGUUGAUGUCUAUAAAGAACUGUGUGGUGUCUCUCUCAAAGGGUUGAAUUUCGCGUACUGUCCGACGUCUUUGUAUGUUUGAUAAGAACAAGAAGAAAAUUAUACAAAAGAAGAGCAACAGCACUCUACUAGAAGUACUACAACUUCUAAAUCAGCGACCCAGCACCGCGCACUGGCCUUCCAAAAUGAUGCGCUGAGUCUGGGAAGGGAUGCUCCGCAGGUCACGGUGUGUGCGAUGUCGUCCCCCACACCGGCAUAUCAAAUGCAACUAUGCGUGGGUCUGGAAAGUUGGAACCUGUAGUGCUGGUCUUACAUGUUGCUUGUGAAAUUUGUGCUGCAUGUUGACCGGCGACAAAAAUCGGAGCCUCAUUCGUCAUUUUACAAAAGCGCAGCUUUUUAUGCGGACUGCGUAGGACGAGAACAAAGCGUUCGCGAAACUGGUCAUGCUCGGCUAGAUGUGAAAGUGAAGAAAGCAUGUCCAUCAACAUGCACAGCAGAGCAUCACAACUUUCCAGACAUCCAGGGAUAUUUGCACCGCAUACGGCACCGACACCCGGGGAGGAAGCCCCCACCGCGGUGGAACGUACCGUCGAUUGCGUGGCGCACGAGUUUACCGUCCAGGAAAUCGUCAACGCGGGCGUAUUAUCCUCCGCAAAAGUAUCGCACCUACUUACGUAGAAAUGGCAACACUGCAUAGUUACAGGUUUGCUUUCGUAGCUGAGUCUUCAUAUUGUAACAUGAUAUUCCAUUGUCAUUCUUGCGAAAAAUGCGAAAAGCGAAAGGCACAAUGCAAUUACUACCAGUACGACACUUUUGCAAUGCAUACUUGUCCCCCGACCCCGCGGCGGGGAAUCCGGUUUUGAAUGCGCGGAUCGAAUUAUGA